UGCAAUUCCAUGUCUUUCUAUUUCAAGUGAUGACGACGCACCCAAAAGCCCCAAAUAUCUCUCCCUCUCAAAAUCUAGGGUUUCACGAGGAGUAUCCCUAGAUCCCUGUCCAGAACAAAAGGUCCCAAAUUUCAUGAAAUUUGGGUCUUUAGGGUUUCGAUUUUCGGGGAAUUCUCUCCUCUCGGCGUUUGAUUCCCGCUAAUAUUUUUUCUGCCUUUUACGGGCUUUUCUUGCUUGGGUUCUCGGUACCGAUUUCUAACUGGUUGAAUCAGAGUUCGGGUUUGCGAUAAGGCUUUGAGUUUUCUUAGAGAUUUGGACUGAUUGAGUUCUGAGUAAUUAGGUUUCCAUUUGGCGAAAGCUUUUUCUUCUUGUUUUUCCUUUUAAUUGGGCGAAAUUUGUUUACUUUUUUGCUCUUCGAAUUGGGACAUUGGAGAUUUAGGGUUUUUGUGUCGUUUGGAGGAGAUGGCGAUGGUCGGUGCGGAAGAUGUGGAUUACGAGAGUGAUCCAGAGGAGGCGAAGCGAUCGCUGGCGAUGCGGAGGCGGGAAGCGAGCGACGAUGAGGAAGAAGGAGGGGUGGGUGAGAAGCGGAGGGUGGAUCGAAGGGGCGGGAUUCAUUCGGAUGAUGAAUCGGACGGUCAGGGCGGGGCGGCGGAGUACGACGAGGACGAAGAAGAAUUGGUCUUGGACGACGAAGAAGAAGAGGAGGAAGAGAUUGAUGAUGAAGAAGGGGAGGAAGAAGAGGAGGUCUAUGAGGAGAGUGGUCGUGGACGGGAGGGUGGUGGUGAGAAUUUGGCGGUUGCGGUUCCGAAGGAGGUGUCGUGUAAUGGCAGGGCGCCUGUGGAUGGUUCGGUGGAGGCGCAUGGUGAGAGUCAGGCCGAGGGGGAAGAGGAGAAGAAGGAGCAUGAGCCCUUUGCAGUGCCCACUGCUGGAGCUUUUUACAUGCAUGAUGACAGGUUCAGGGACAAUGCUGGUGGUCGCCACAGGCGGACACACGGUGGAAGGAGGCUGUGGGAGUCCAAAGAUGACAGGAAGUGGGGACAUGACAAAUUUGAAGAGAUAACUUUGCAGGAAAGGCAUUAUCAGGAGGGAAGGAGAUCUUCUAAGGGCCAUUAUCGAGGUCGUGGUAGAGGCCGUGGUGUUGACCGUGGAUAUGGUAGAGGCAACAGGUCUAAAACAUAUAACAACAGUACUAAUCAGAGCCAGGUAUCCAAGGGCGUGAGGGGGAAAGGGGUCAGGAAGUACGAACCCAUGACAAAGAACAGCGCCUUGGCACCUUCAACACUAAACAAACAAUCCAGGAAGCCCACCGAGAAACCGUCUAAUACUAACUCAGCAAGAGCUUUCGCACCCGCAUCUAAUGCAGAGUUUGACCAGGUUCCUGCUAGGAAAAAUGUGUUUGCAUCAAGCUUAAAUUCGGCAUCUCCACCUUUUUACCCAUCAGGCUCUUCCAAUAAGGAUAUCUCCCUUACACAUAAAAGGGAUGCUCAAGCAGGAAGUACUAACAGAAAUCUUCGCCCAUCUGCUGUGGACAAUACAUUACUGCGAGGAAAGAAUAUAGCUGAAUCUGUUCGCAUGGACAAGCUAAACAUCAAUGAUUCCAUCAGUUCAUCUGCUGGGAAAACCUCGAGUAACAUACAAAUGCCACCGUCUGGAACAUUGUUGGUAAAUACAGCUCAGCCUUCUCAGUCUAGGACUCAUGGGAGGGCUGUUAUUCCAGGACAGAUGACUUACCAAGCAGCUCCACUUCAUAAUCACGCCAUAAGAGGUUCUUUAUCCGCACAGCCACAUGCUGUUCAGCGAAGUCCAGUUCAAGGCCGAGGGCAAACUGUUGUGCAGACUCCUGCUCAGCAGUUGGGACAGCGCCCUGGUAGUGGAUCUCAAGCUUCUUCUCCGCCAAAUACAGCUCUGUCAAUAAGUUCAUUGGAACCUGGAGAAGGGGAUUCGUCUUCAGAGGCAAAUAAAUCUAAAACAGCGUUGAUUGCAAAGGGGAAAGGUGUUGCUCAGGGUAGUGGAAGGGGCUCUGUUUUGUAUGGUGGAGCUCAGGUUAUUGCAACCACUGGUAGUAUGGGUGUUAGUCAUGGAGAUCAGAAUUUCCCUGGUAGUCCAGCAUUUCUUCCAUUCAUGCAAUUUGGAGGUCAGCAUCCUGGUGGUAUGGGGGUUCCUGCUGUUGGGAUGGCAUUUCCUGGAUAUGUUGCUCAGCCACAAGGUCUUGGUCUGGGAAAUUCUGAGAUGACAUGGCUCCCAGUGCUAGCGGGUGCUGCAGGAGCAUAUUGUUCACCCUAUAUUGCUGUUGACGGUGCUUACCAUGCUCGCCCAUCAGGACAGUCGUCUUCUGGGGGUGCCUCAAGCAAAGAAAGUAAUUCAAACAAACCCAGUAAUGAAUGGAAGUCUUCACAAAAGCCUGAAAUUGUGAGCGAUGAAUUUGGGCAGCGGCAAAAUAAGCCUCGUAGAUACUCGGAGAUGAACUUCGGUCAAUGAAGUACUUACAUAGGAUGGAGCUUGUUUGAAUAAGCAUUUAAUGGUUUUAUUUUGCCCGAAUAAAACUUUGUGUUACUUUGGGGCUUUGGAAAAUUCUGGGUUGUGGUAAACUGGUAUCUCAGGCCUUCCUCUAGGUCCUUUGUGUUAUCCGGAUUCGUACUGGAGCACUUUGGGCCGCAAUGUAGUCCAACAUACAUUAGUUUUAUGUGGCAAACGCCUGCUCAAUUAAAGAUCUCACUAUUGCGGCUUGACAGGUGGCAGUUCCUCAUUUAAAUGUGCGGUUUUUUUUGUGGCUUGGUUUUUUAAGUGAAGCUUGUGAAAAAUGUAGGCGGGCUUCCCUUUGAUCUAUACCCAAAAAAAAAAAAAAAAAGACCAAUAGGUGCAAAAUUAUUGUGCAGAGCUGUUAUCUUGGUGAAGUUUUUAUUUUUUUUUAUUUUUUUUCAUUUCCUUCUAUAAGUGGUGCAAUUGGUUUCUCUAUUCAUUUUCUGCUGCCUUUGUGGUUUAGUUAGUUUUCCUUGUUUUGAGGGUACUUUUUCUGCAUUGAGACUUUUCAUGAUAAUAUUGUUGGUGACUAUUUUGUUGGGAUUGUUUUGGAUGGGAUAGAAUUUUACGUGAUCAGGAAAACCCUUGGCACAGUAAUUUGUAUUGCUGUAAUGAGUGAGUUGGUGUUUAAUGCAAACUCAUGUGACAAACUGCUGUUUUUUCUUUGCAAUGCAAAA